CGCCCAGUCCAGCAGCACAUUUAUUAUUGAGGCAGGCAGACAAACAGCUGCUUGCCAUUUACAACACUUCCAGAACGUUUUGCUCCGAACUUUUUUUUUGUACUGUGCAGAGAAAAGGAAGAGUAAGAAAGGGAAUACGAGGAUAAAAAAAGGAUGUAGAACAAGACGAAGAAGAAGAAGAAGAAGAAGGCCGGGAAGUGAGGCGUCCUCCUCUCGUCCACAUCUGGAUUAACUAUUUGGACUCUCGGUUCUGCUUCGGAUUUAGGUCGAGUUUUGUGCUCGACUAUGUGUCCUUUCAAAUGGGUGCCAACAACGGAAAACUGUACGGAAGCGAGGGCAAAGGAAGCUCCAGCAUCUCCUCUGACAUCAGCUCCAGCACCGAUCACACGCCGACCAAAGCGCCCAAGAAUGCGACUCCCAGCGAAGGUUUGGACUCCAGCACAAGGACGCUGAGCACCCCCAGUCCAGGUCUCAUCCUCCCCUCCAAGUCGUCAUCGCUCUCUUCCCCGGCGCUCUCCAGCAACGGCCAUGACACCAACUCCACGUCGUCCUCGUCAUCCGCCGCCGCCGAGACCGUCGCCGUGGUCCACCCUCAGCCCGGCACUCACACGCGCUCACGCCCUCCCAAAAGCCACGCCCCGGUGGACCUCCUUCCCGACCACGCCCUCCUGCAGAUCUUCUCCCACCUGGCCACCAAUCAGCUGUGCCGCUGCGCCCGCGUGUGCCGCCGUUGGUACAACCUGGCGUGGGACCCGCGGCUGUGGAGUGCCGUGCGGCUGACGGGGGAGCUGCUGCACGCCGACCGCGCCGUCAGGGUGCUCACGCACCGCCUGUGCCAGGACACGCCCAACGUGUGCCUCACCCUGGAGACGGUGGUGGUCAACGGAUGCAAGAGGUUCACCGACCGUGGGCUGCACGUGCUGGCCCAGUGCUGCCCCGAGCUGCGGCGCCUGGAGGUCGCCGGCUGCUACAACAUCUCCAACGAGGCCGUGUUUGAGGUGGUGUCACGCUGUCCCAACCUGGAGCACCUCAACCUCUCAGGCUGCUCCAAAGUGACGUGCAUCAGCCUGACGCAAGAAGCCUCACUCCAGCUGUCGCCCCUCCACGGCCAGCAGAUCUCCAUCCACUUUUUGGACAUGACUGACUGCUUCUGCCUGGAAGACGAGGGCUUGCGGACUAUUGCCACGCACUGCCCCCGGCUCACGCACCUCUACCUGCGCCGCUGCACCCGCCUGAGCGACGAGGCCCUGCGUCACCUGGCCCUCCACUGCCCGUCCAUACGGGAGCUCAGCCUCAGCGACUGCCGCCUGGUGGGCGACUUCGGGCUGCGCGAGGUGGCCCGCCUGGAGGGCUGCCUGCGCUACCUGAGCGUGGCCCACUGCACGCGCAUCACCGACGUGGGCAUGCGCUACGUGGCCCGCUACUGCCCCAAGCUGCGCUACUUGAACGCCCGGGGCUGCGAGGGGCUGACGGACCACGGUUUGGGCCACCUGGCCCGCAGCUGCCCCAAGCUCAAGUCUCUGGACGUGGGCAAGUGCCCGCUGGUGUCGGACAGCGGCCUGGAGCAGCUGGCAAUGUACUGCGGCGGCCUGAGGCGCGUCAGCCUGAGAGCGUGCGAGAGCGUGACAGGGCGCGGCCUCCAGGCGCUGGCGGCCAAUUGCUGCGAGCUGCAGCUCCUCAACGUGCAGGAGUGCGAGGUGUCGUCGGAGGCGCUGCGCUUCGUACGCCGCCACUGCCGCCGCUGCGUCAUCGAGCACACAAACCCCGCCUUCUAUUGAAGCAUUGCGGCAUCGCUCCUCUGACAAACGGAUGUAUUCCCGCUAGGCGCGUGAUCGGAGCCCCGCAGAAUGUAUUUAACGUAUUUAUCUGGGAUCGGGGGCUUUUUAUAACAUCACAUUUGGCAGCAGCUUGCUCGGACACAUUUGUAAAUUAUUUUCAAUUAGCAUCCGCCUAUAUGCUAUUUAUAGCGUCUCACAAAGCUGCAACAGAAGGCACAAUGUACAAGACGCUCACUUUAAUGUGCUCAAGUGCUCAAUUAUCAACUGAUGAAGGAAAAUGAUGACAUUGCUGCUCCGACUGUGCCAAUAAAGUCCACCAAAGCCUUGGCAAACUGUCUUGGACUGUUUAAAAUUCACACACAUUAGCUUGCACAAUCAAAAAGUGCUGGAAAGCUGCUGUAAAAUAUAAUCACACCUGGCAACAUUUGCAUGUGAAAACAUGGGAAAUUAUGGGGAAAAAAAUGGAAAAUACAAUUUAAAAAAAACGAUUUUUUUUUUUUAAAAACAGAAAAAGUAUGUGGUCGAGGGAGGUGGAAAGACCCGACUGCCCGCUGCCGAUGCGCUGCAUCAUCGUUCUCUCGGCUUGCCGUUGCCAAAGCGUGGAU